AUGCCCUUCUAUUCCCAAAAUGCCUCGCUGUUCGAGCAAAACAGCGAGCAGUUUGACUUCAACGUGGACUUUGAGCAGGUGUUUUUCUCCAUCAUCCCCUCUGCUUUCUUCAUAGUACUCGCAGCAUGGAGAAUCGUCUCGCUUGCUCGGAGGCCCAUCAUCGUCAAUGCUUCCGUCUUUCGACUUGUGAAAGUGGGUGCCAUAACAGCGUAUGCCGUGCUGCAAAUUGCGCUCGUCAUCCUAGCCGCUGCAGGUCACUUUCAGGCCACAGUCAUGUUCAUAGCGACCUCGGUCCUUAAGCUGCUGGCGGCUUUUGUCAUGUUACCUCUAAGUGCUUUUGAGCACACUCGAGCCCCACGGCCGUCUAUGCUGCUGAUGGGCUAUUUGCUCCUGACACUUCUUCUCGACGCAGCCCAGUCGAGGACGCUCUACCUCUCAUCCACUGUGUCUAUGGAGCGCGCCUAUAGCAACCUCUUUACUGCUGCUGUGGCUGUCAAAGUUGUCAUGCUGCUGCUAGAAUCCCAGCAAAAGUCCAGAUGGAUUCACGCUCAAUGGGACAAAAAGGAACAUAGCCCAGAGGAAACAAGUGGGAUCCUGUCCCUUGGUGUCUUCUUCUGGCUCAACCGCUUAUUCCUGUCUGGAUACAGCAAAAUUUUGUCCGUCAAUGAUCUGUAUCCCCUGGACGGCGCCAUGGACCCGACGAGACUCCACGAGAAAUUCUCUCGACAUCUAGACAUGGCCAAGAUCAAGGGCGACAAGUUUGGUCUUACUAAGGUUCUCAUGCGUACGCUUAUAGGACCACUUCUCCUCCCUGUUAUCCCCCGUUUGGCUCUCUUCGGCUUUUCGUUUGCCCAGCCACUUUUUAUCGAGGGGCUCCUCGACUAUCUCUCGCAGGAUAAGCUUAACCCUAACGUUGGCUACGGUUUUAUUGGCGCCAGCUUUUUCAUCUACUCUGGAAUUACCAUUAGCUGGGCCUUCUACCGGUACUAUCAUCAUCGUACGCGCACUAUGCUAAGAUCUAUCCUUGUCACUGAGACCUUUAUCACGGCUACAAAAGCUAGCAUCGGAGCCGACGAUAGCGCUGCGCUGACCCUAAUGAGCACCGAUAUCGAGCGAAUCCAAAUAGGCUUCCGACAACUACAUGAUAUCUGGGCAAGUUUGAUCCAGGUAGCGCUAUGUGCUUGGAUGUUAAAUAGCAGACUCGGCGUUGUAUUUGUCGUUCCUAUUAUCGUCGUGGUCCUCUGCUUCCUUGGGCUUGUUAUUCUUAUGAAUUUCAUCGGAACGGCGCAGAGGAGAUGGAUGUCCUUAGUACAGAAACGUGUUGGUCUAACGGCUACUGUCAUUGCUAGCAUGAAGAACCUGAAGAUAUCCGGUCUUUCUUCGUCUAUGAGCACAUUUGUGCAUAACCUCCGCGUCGAGGAGCUUACGGCGGGAGUUCGAUACCGCCAAAUCUACAUCGGGGCCGCGCUACUUGGCUUCAUUCCGCUUCUCAUCAGCCCGGCCCUAACGUUUGCAUUUACACAGAAUGGACAUCAGCUAGACUCGUCGAAGGUAUUCACAAGUCUCUCUUUCCUCGCCCUUAUGACACAGCCUCUAUCGCAGAUUUUCCAGGCAAUUCCGGAAGUCAUCUCCGGUCUAGCCUGCAUUGGCCGAAUCCAGGCUUUUCUAGAGUGCGAGACUCGGGAAGACUUCCGCAAAGUUGUGGCCUCCUUCGAGAAAAGCUCCGAAAAGGAGUCGAUAAACCGCCAGCCAUCAUCCGAGUUCGAAGUGAUCAUCGAGAAUGGAAACUUCGGCUGGGAACAAAACAAAUUCGUUUUGGAAGACAUCAAUGCUAAGAUACCAAAGUCUUCGCUUACCCUUGUUGUCGGACCCAUUGGCUCGGGCAAGUCUACGCUUUGCAAGGCCUUACUUGGAGAGAUUCCUUUUCAUCAAGGCAGAGUCACGCUACAGGCAAGGGAUUCGGUCGGGUUCUGCGACCAGAUUGCGUUUAUGUUAAAUGGAACCAUUAAGGAAAACAUUAUCGGCUUCUCUCCGGUGAACGAGGGUAGAUAUGCUCAGGUCGUCGAGGCAACAGCUCUCGCCUUUGACUUUAACACCCUACCACAAGGCGAUGAGACAAACGUGGGUUCCGACGGCAUCUCCCUAUCUGGAGGUCAGAAGAAGCGCAUUUCCCUAGCACGCGCCCUAUACCUACAGACUAACUUCCUUAUACUCGAUGACGUCUUUAGCGGCUUGGAUGCGGAAACCGAGGAGCAAGUCUUCCGUAAAGUCUUUGGACCAGAAGGACUGUUGAAACGCCGCCAAACCACCGUAUUACUCUGCACGCACAGCGUUCGACAUCUACAGGCAGCAGACUACGUUAUCGCCCUUAAGGGCGGUAACAUUAGCGAGCAGGGCACAUUUAACGCACUGAUGGCUGGUGAUGGCUACGUCAGCCGUCUGGGUUUGAAGAUCCUAGAAAGCCAGGCGACCUCGGAGGAAGUGAGCGUCGAAGAUAGCGCACAGGAAUCUUCGUCGCCAGUGGAUGACAUAAAAGCGGCCAAGCUUACCGUUGCCCCUAAUAUGGACGCGUCACGGCAAGUCGGAGAUGGCACCGUCUAUAAGCAGUAUAUGAAAAGCAUGGGAUGGCUGCUCGCAGGGUCUGCAGUCUUUUUUGCUGUGCUCUGGGGCUUUUUCUUGAACUUUUCCACCAUCUGGCUCACGUACUGGGUUAACGACGUAAAAUCACAACACCCAGCGCACUUAUUCGCUUACUGGGCCGGAAUCUACGCGCUUUUCCAGGUCGGUGCAUUGAUCUCGCUAUUCCUCCUUGGCACCUCCAUUUGGAUCGUCUCCAUCAAACGCGCAGGCGCAAACCUACAUGAGGACAUUUUGAACACGCUAUUCCGAGCACCACUCCGCUUCUUCACUGAAACCGACAUCGGCAUCACAACAAACUUGUUUUCACAAGAUUUGAAUCUCAUUGACACGGAGCUGCCAGAUGCCACCGUGAGCACACUGUUCUCGAUCACACAAGUCGUUGGGCAAAUGGCUGUUAUGCUCACGUCGUCUCCCUACCUGGCUGUCGCCUUCCCGUUCCUAGCCGCCCUGCUGUACGUGCUGCAAAAGUUUUACCUGCGCACCUCGAGGCAACUUCGACUGCUUGACCUAGAAGCCAAGAGCCCGCUAUACACGCACUUUCUUGACAUUGUUAAAGGCAUCACAACGUUGCGGGCAUUCGGCUUUAUCCACAAAGAUGUCCAGAAGAAUGCCCGCCUUCUCACCUCGAGCCAGCGACCUUCGUAUCUUCUUCUCAUGAUCCAGGAAUGGCUGAAUGUCGUUCUCGACGUGGUGGUCAUGUUGUUGGCAGUAGGGUUAACAACAUUUGCCGUGCGCUUCCAUUCUAACUCUGCUUUCGCCGGUGCCGCUCUCUACAGUCUUUUGAGUUUUGGCGAGAACCUGACCGGUAUUGUUCUAUUUUGGACUAAACUUGAAACCUCGCUUGGUGCAAUUGCUAGACUGAAGACAUUUAACGAGACCGUUAAGCCCGAAGACAGAGAUGAAGAGGAUACCAAGGCACCCGAACAGUGGCCCCAGCGUGGCGUGGUGGAAUUAAAAGGCGUUUCGGCAAAAUAUAACGCUGAAGAUCAGGACGACGCGGCCACAAGCCUCGCUCUCCGCGAUAUCCACCUUAGUAUUAACCCCGGAGAAAAGGUUGCUAUUUGUGGUCGUACCGGUAGCGGCAAAUCCAGCCUGGUCGCUCUACUUCUAAAGCUCCUCGAUCCAAUAUCCACCACGGCGGAAAAUAUCAUGAUUGACGACCUACCGCUCCAUCGGCUAGACCGAUCCGUUUUACGCCAGCGCAUCAUCGCAGUGCCACAAGAGGCGGUAUUCUUACCGGACGGAUCUACGGUUCAAAACAACCUUGAUGUUGCCGAGGAAGCCACCUCCGAGGAGUGUAAGGCCGUGCUUAAAUCCGUCGGCUUAUGGGACUUUGUCGAGGGACGUGGCGGUUUAGUCGUAGGAAUGAAUGCCUCAAGCUUUAGCGCUGGACAGCGGCAGCUACUCUCAUUUGGUCGAGCCCUUCUUAAACGCUCGGUUCGAGAGCGCAAGUUUGGGGCCGCCAGUCAGCUCGGCGGCAUCCUACUUCUGGACGAAGUGAGCUCAAGCGUGGAUCAAGAGACGGAACGCAUCAUGCAGGAGACUAUUAGGACCGAGUUCAGGAAUUACACAGUGAUUGCGGUGAGUCAUCGAUUGGAUAUGAUUAUGGACUUUGAUAGGGUGGUGGUUAUGGAUACUGGCGAGAUUGUGGAAGUGGGCAGGCCAGUCGUAUUGGCGCAAGAGGCUGGAACCAGGUUUGGGGAUCUGGUAAGAGCAGGAAACAAGUAG